GUUUUGUUUGUUCCAAAAAACUUAACAAAUGCCAUUUGCAAGCAUUAAACCACUUUUCGCAAAGUUGAUUUUUGUAAUAUUGGCAUCCCUGACUUGUGAGCUAUUUACAAUAAAAAUAAGUCUCCACUUUUUGACAGUGCUUUGUUGUUUCAUUUGCCUGUCAGAAUCAGUCUGUGAAAAAUUGGGAAGGGGUACUUCUAGUUUGAAAAGCUACAAUAUUGUCGGGAUUUAAAUUAAUAUAACAAUUAUGGCAAUGAUGCUUGGAAAGCAAUUUAACCGUCUCUCUGGACCAUGCAAAAUUGCUCCAGUAAUGGUUAAUCAUUUUUCUACCGGUCCCAUCAGAGAAAUCACUCAUCCAUUGCAAAGAAAACCAAAAAUUGUUCGUCCGGAGGAGGCAGUGGCCUGCAUAAAAUCAGGUGACACUGUGUUCGCAUCCGGAGCCGCAGCCACCCCAAUAGAUAUGCUCAAGGCUUUGACAAAGCAUGGACAGACAAACAAACUGAAAAAUGUUACUGUGUGUCACAUGCACACGGAGGGCCCAGCUGAUUACUGUGCGCCAGAAAAUAAGGACAUCUUUCGCUCCAACUCUUUCUUCAUGGGGGCCAAUGUCCGUAAGGCUGUAGCUGAAGGUCGUGGUGAUAAUAUGUCGAUUUUCUUGCACGAAAUUCCACAACUCUUCUAUAAGGGUAUUGUCAAGCCCGAUGUAGCAAUUGUGCACGUUUCACCACCAGAUUGUCACGGCUUCUGCUCACUAGGAACCAGUGUUGAUUGCGUUCGUGCCGCUUCCAAUCACUCGAAAAUGAUUAUAGCUCAAGUAAACAAGCAAAUGCCACGCACUUUCGGUGACGCCUGCAUUCACUCAUCCCAAUUUGAUUUCGCCGUUGAAGUUGACUCGCCAUUACCUCAACACGGCGGUAAACCACCCAGCGAAGUUGAAAACAAAAUAGGCAAACUGAUUGCUGAUAAUUUAAUAUGCAAUGGUGCCACCCUGCAGAUGGGAAUCGGUAAUAUCCCGGAUGCUGUAUUAAAUGCUUGCCAUAACCACAAGGAUCUCGGCAUUCAUUCGGAAAUGUUUGCAAACGGUGUUGUGGAGUUGGUGCAAAAGGGUUGCGUAAACAAUAGCAAAAAAAAGAUGCAUCAAGGACGUAUUGUCGGUUCAUUUUUGAUUGGUAAUCAAGCUUUAUACGACUUUGUCAAUGACAAUCCCUUCAUUGAAAUGUAUGGUAUCGACUAUGUAAAUAAUACCAGUAUUAUUAAACAGCAACCUAGUAUGACUGCAAUCAAUUCAGCCAUUGAAGUAGAUCUUACUGGACAAGUGUGCGCCGAUUCGAUCGGAACCCGCUUCUUUUCUGGAUUCGGUGGACAGGUAGAUUUCAUUCGUGGUGCUGCGGAAGGUAUUGAUGGCAAAGGUGUACCCAUCAUUGCAUUGCCAUCUAUUACCAACAAAGGCCAGAGCAAAAUUGUGCCCAUAUUGCAGCCAGGAGCUGGUGUGGUUACUUCUCGUGCUCAUGUUCACUAUGUUGUCACUGAGUAUGGUAUCGCUUCGCUCUUUGGCAAAAAUAUGCGCCAACGUGCCUAUGAACUCAUUCAAAUCAGUCAUCCGGAUCAUCGUGAGAAACUCGAAAAAUCCGCCUUUGAACGCCUUAAAGUGAUGCCAUCAUGUUGAACAUCGUAGGCAUAGAUUUAUAAACUGGUUUAAUGCAAAGGGUUGCUACUACAUGCGUACAUAUGUAGUUCUUAAUAAGUGUUUUUAAAUCGUAAAUCGGCAUAUUAUAAACAUAAACAUUAUCGUGAUCGUGAUCGUAAAACACACGAUACUCAUUAUUGAGUGCAAAACUGUAUAACCGUAAAUUUUUAAAUAACGAACCAAAAUUAAAAAAGUUUAAAUUCAGACCUAUUAAAAAAAUUACACCAAUCAUUCCCGAAACAGAAACAUCAGCAUUUUACAUAACACAAACCAUAAAUCUCAAAAGAGUUUGGCAGAAAUCGGAAAAUUUUGAAUGACAAAGGGAAUACAGAAACUGCCUAGCAAAUAAGGUAUUAAUUUGGUGCAAUUUAUUAGUUUUGAAUCAAAAACACAAAAUAAAUACGUUAAAAAUACAAAAAUA